GGGAGCAAGCGCUCGCGCAGAGCAGGGGUUUCAGUUUCUGGCGCGAACUUCCGCCGUUGCGAAGUUGCAGGGCCGCUUGGCGCGAUGUCUGGGGACGGCAGCGGCCGCCGGUCCGAGGGCCGGGGCCGGGGCCGCGACCCGCACCGGGAUCGUACCUGCUCCCGCUCCCGUUCGCGGUCCCCGCUGUCGCCCGUGUCCCGCCGCGGCGCCGCGCCCGAGCGCAGGGAGGCCCCGGAGCGCCCGAGCCUGGAGGAGACGGAGCCGUCGGAUUCCGGGGACGAGAUGAUGGACCCGGCGAGCUUGGAGGCGGAGACCGACCAUGGCCUGUGCCGCCAGAUCCGCCAUCAGUACCGGGCGCUCAUCAACUCGGUCCAACAAAACCGGGAGGAUAUAUUGAAUGCCAGCGACAAGUUAACAGAGGUCCUUGAAGAGGCCAACACCCUGUUUAAUGGAGUGUCCCGAGCAAGAGAAGCAGUCCUAGACGCCCACUUUCUUGUUUUGGCUUCAGAUUUGGGCAAAGAGAAGGCAAAGCAGCUGCGUUCUGAUCUGAACUCGUUUGACAUGUUAAGAUAUGUUGAAACUCUACUGACACAUAUGGGUGUAAAUCCGCUAGAAGCUGAAGAACUCAUCCGUGAUGAAGAUAGUUCUGAUUUUGAAUUCAUAGUCUAUGACUCCUGGAAAAUAUCAGGCAAAACAGCAGAAAACACCUUUAAUAAAACCCAUACAUUCCACUUUCUGUUGGGCUCAAUACAAGGAGAGUGCCCUGUGCCAAAGCCACGAACUGAUCGCUCAAGAAAAGUUCGUGUGAUAGAAGAGCGGCAGGCGAUGCCUGACGAGUUAAAAAGAAUGGAAGAAUCUCAUCAAGAAGCAACAGAAAAAGAAGUAGAAAGAAUCUUGGGAUUGUUGCAAACAUAUUUUCAAAAAGAUCCUGAUACUCCGAUGUCCUUCUUUGACUUUGUGGUUGAUCCACAUUCUUUUGCCCGAACAGUGGAAAACAUCUUUCAUGUUUCUUUUAUUAUAAGGGAUGGGUUUGCAAGAAUAAGACUUGACCAAGACCGACUGCCAAUAAUAGAGCCUGUUAAUAAUAAUGAAGAAAGUGGAGGAAUUGACCAAAACACUCAAAUUAGGAAUCAGGGAGUUAUAGCUUUGAGUUACCGUGACUGGGAGGAGAUUGUGAAGACCUUUGAGAUCUCAGAGCCUAUGAUUACUUCAAGUCAAACCCGGCAGAGGCUAAGUGCUUGACACCAGCUGAAGGACUCCAGUGGAUAGUGAAGUCCAAAAGGAAAGCAGCAUGUUGUAUUGUACAUACUGUAUGAUUAAACAUUUUUAAAGACAGAAUGUUUUUAGUAAAGUGUAGCUUUUGAUAGUUAAUGGGUCGUCUUUGAUUAAAGGAGGUUCACUGCCAUAUUCACAAAUAAUUGUAGUUACUCUUUAUUUUCUGUUCUUGGGGUGAGUUUCUCCUUUCUCCAGUGCUGUCCCAUGAGAAGUUUUUGUUAGGUUGUUAAUGGCCUAAAGAUCACUGUGGUUCUUUGUGCAUCUUUUUAGCUGUAAAGUUAGCUAGUCAAGUCAACAAAUACUAGGUGGCACCAUAUGAAAUUGUUGGGUUUUGUAAAGUAAAAUACAGUCAAAUAUCAGCAAUUUUAUAUGAUUCAGCGUGUGAUUUAACAUGAGAAGCUACUCAGUCCUCUUUCAAGCCAAGCCAGACCACUUGGGAUCCAUCUUACCGGCAGUCCUCUCUUUGUACUUGAGGGCUGCUGAUUGCCGCAGAGAAAACCCGUACAACAGGGUGGAGUGAGGCUGCUCCCAUGGGUGCUGGGCCUUCAAGUCUGUGCUUGAUGUCCUCUGAGUCCUAGUUGCUUCCUUUUCCCUUUCCCACACUUCUAUAUCCAUCCUUUCUCACUCUUUCCCUCUGGUGUCAGGGGUGGAGGUGUCUCUCUUCUGUGGAGGCUCUGGACCUCUGCAUCCUCGGGGCUCUGCUGUCAGUCAUUCCUUCGCUGUAUCUAGC